GAUCGCACCACCACCAUGCCUGGCCACGUGAAGAAGAGCACGGGUCCCGACCCCGAUCCCACCGAAUACCUCUUUAUCUCGCCCGAGCAAAGGCGACUCGAUCAGACGAAACCUUAUGAUCCUAAAAAGUCUUACUGGGCUCCCGAUCCCGAGGAAGGCUUCAUUGAGUGUGAACUUCAAGGUCCAAAGGGCGACAAGUUGGUAACAGUUAAGCAUCCUAGUGGCGAGAUGAAGGACUUCAAGAAGGAGCAGGUCGGACAGGUCAACCCUCCCAAGUACGAGAAGUGUGAGGAUGUGUCCAACUUGACCUUCCUUAACGAUCCCUCCGUCUUCUACGUCCUCAAGUCCCGUUACCAGGCCAAACUUAUCUAUACAUACUCUGGUCUUUUCUGUAUCGCCAUCAACCCCUACAAGCGUUACCCCAUCUACACCAACCGUGCCGUCAAGAUCUACAUGGGCAAGAGGCGUAAUGAGGUUCCCCCUCAUCUCUUCGCCAUCUGCGACGGUGCUUACCAGAACAUGACCAUGGAUCGUCAGAAUCAGUCUAUGCUCAUCACAGGCGAGUCUGGCGCUGGAAAGACAGAGAACACAAAGAAGGUGUUGUCUUACUUCGCCAACGUCGGUGCCAGCGAGAAGAAAGAGGGCGAGAGCAAACAGAAUCUAGAAGACCAGAUCAUCCAGACCAACCCCAUCCUUGAGGCCUAUGGUAACGCCAAGACCACCCGUAAUGACAACUCAUCUCGUUUCGGUAAGUUCAUCCGCGUCCACUUCGCUCCCAACGGCAAGCUCUCUGGCGCUGAUAUCGAGGUCUACCUGCUGGAGAAGGCUCGUGUCAUCUCCCAGUCCCCCGCCGAGCGAGGUUACCAUAUCUUUUACCAGCUCAUGUGCGACCAGAUCGAUUACAUCAAGAAAAUAUGCUUACUGUCUGACGACAUUUACGACUACCACUACGAGGCUCAGGGAAAGGUCACUGUCCCAUCCAUCGAUGACAAGGAGGACAUGCAAUUCACUCAUGAUGCCUUCGAUGUCCUGAACUUCUCUCACGAAGAAAGAGACAAUUGCUACAAGAUCACAGCUUGCGUCAUGCACUUUGGUAACAUGAAGUUCAAGCAGAGGGGUCGCGAAGAGCAAGCCGAACCUGAUGGCACUGAGACUGGAGAAAUCGUUGGCAAGCUGCUCGGUGUUGACGCUGAGGAGCUGUACAGGAACUUCUGUAAGCCCAAGAUCAAGGUCGGUGCCGAGUUCGUCACCAAGGGUAUGGGCGUCAAUGCUGUCAACUACAACAUCGGUGCCAUGGCCAAGGGUCUCUUCUCACGAGUGUUCUCAUGGCUCGUCAAGAAGUGUAACUUGACACUCGAGACUGGCCAGACUCGCGCCAUGUUCAUUGGUGUGCUUGAUAUUGCCGGCUUCGAGAUCUUCGAUUUCAACGGCUUCGAGCAGAUCUGCAUCAACUUCUGUAACGAGAAGUUGCAACAGUUCUUCAACCACCACAUGUUCGUACUGGAACAAGAAGAAUACGCAAAGGAGGGUAUUGUCUGGCAGUUCGUCGAUUUCGGCAUGGAUCUGCAGGCCUGCAUUGAACUCUUCGAGAAGAAAAUGGGUCUCCUCUCCAUCCUUGAGGAAGAGUCCAUGUUCCCCAAGGCUACUGACAAGACCUUCGAGGAGAAGCUGAACAACAACCAUCUCGGAAAGUCUCGUUGCUUCAUCAAGCCCAAGCCUCCAAAGCCCGGCCAGCCUGACAACCACUUUGCCAUCGUUCACUACGCUGGUACUGUGUCCUACAACCUGACUGGCUGGCUUGAGAAGAACAAGGAUCCUCUCAACGACACCGUCGUCGACCAGCUCAAGAAGGCCUCCAACGCCCUCACAGUCGAGAUCUUCGCUGACCAUCCCGGCCAGUCUGGUGAUGCUGGCGGAAAGGGAGGAAAAGGUGGUAAACAGCAAACUGGAUUCAAGACAGUGUCAUCCGGUUAUAAGGAUCAACUUGCCAACUUGAUGAAGACUCUCAAUGCUACUCAUCCUCAUUUCAUCCGUUGCAUUGUGCCCAACGAGUUCAAGAAGCCAGGUGCUGUUGAUGCUGGUCUCAUCAUGCAUCAGCUGACCUGUAACGGUGUACUUGAGGGCAUCCGUAUUUGCCAGAAGGGCUUCCCCAACAGGAUGCCUUAUCCUGACUUCAAGCAGCGUUACAAUAUUCUGGCUGCCCAAGAGAUGAUCGAGUCGAAGGACGACAAGAAGGCAGCUGAAGCCUGCUUCCAAAAGGCCGGUCUCGAUCCUGAGUUGUAUCGCUGCGGAAACACAAAGGUGUUCUUCCGUGCCGGUGUCCUGGGUAGACUCGAGGAGAUCCGUGAAGACCGCGUGGUCCUGCUCCUCACCUGGUUCCAAGCAUGGGUUCGUGGCUACAUCAGCCGCAAAUUCUACUCCAAGAUGCAGAAGCAGCGCACUGCCCUCAUUGUUGUGCAGCGCAACCUCAGGAAGUUCAAGAUCAUGCGCGCUUGGCUCUGGUAUGAGAUGUGGAUCAAGCUCAAGCCUAAGCUCUGCGCAACUCGUAUUGAAGACGAGUUGGCUAAACUGGAGGAAACUGCUGUAAACGCUGAAGCUCAAUUUGAACAGGAGGUUAAGGCCCGCCAAGAACUCGAAAUCACGAACGCUGCUCUUCUCGAAGAGAGAGCUGAGCUCAUGCUGGCUCUUGACUCCUCCAAGGGUGGCAUGUCUGAAUAUCUGGACAAGCAGGCCAAACUACAGGCACAGAAGGCAGAACUUGAAAAAAAAAAAAAAAAAAAAAAAAAAAAAAAAAAAAAAAAAAAAAAAAAAAAAAAAAAAAAAAAAAAAAAAAAAAAAAAAAAAAAAAAAAAAAAAAAAAAAAAAAAAAAAAAAAAAAAAAAAAAAAAAAAAAAAAAAAAAAAAAAAAAAAAAAAAAAAAAAAAAAAAAAAAAAAAAAAAAAAAAAAAAAAAAAAAAAAAAAAAAAAAAAAAAAAAAAAAAAAAAAAAAAAAAAAAAAAAAAAAAAAAAAAAAAAAAAAAAAAAAAAAAAAAAAAAAAAAAAAAAAAAAAAAAAAAAAAAAAAAAAAAAAAAAAAAAAAAAAAAAAAAAAAAAAAAAAAAAAAAAAAAAAAAAAAAAAAAAAAAAAAAAAAAAAAAAAAAAAAAAAAAAAAAAAAAAAAAAAAAAAAAAAAAAAAAAAAAAAAAAAAAAAAAAAAAAAAAAAAAAAAAAAAAAAAAAAAAAAAAAAAAAAAAAAAAAAAAAAAAAAAAAAAAAAAAAAAAAAAAAAAAAAAAAAAAAAAAAAAAAAAAAAAAAAACACACACACAACAAGCACUGGUUUACAGGGACCAGAGGCAGCUCAAGGAACUUCAGGCUCGCCUUGAAGAACUCGAGGAAGAGGUUGAACAUGAACGUCAGGCACGAAGCAAGGCUGAAAAGGCCAAGACCCAUCUUUCUCGCGAACUGGGAGAUCUCAGUGAACGACUGGACGAAGCAGGUGGUGCUACCGCGACGCAGAUUGAAAUUAAUAAGAAGCGUGAGAGUGAACUUGCCAAGGUCCGCCGUGACAUUGAAGAAGCCAAUCUGCAGCAUGAGGCUGCUCUCGCCACUCUUCGUAAGAAGCAUAAUGAUUCAGUAGCCGAAAUGUCUGAGCAAAUUGACUACCUCAAUAAGAUGAAAGCUAGGGCUGAGAAGGACAAAGAUGCAAUGAAACGUGAUGCUGAUGAUGCUAAGGCUUCCAUGGAUUCUCUCCAUCGUGAUAAGACUGCUGCUGAAAAGACUACCAAGCAACUACAGCAUCAAUAUGGUGAGCUCUGCGCUAAACUUGAUGAAGUUAACCGCACUCUGAGCGACUAUGAUGCCACCAAGAAGAAGCUUGCCUGCGAGAAUGCUGAUCUUAUCCGUCAGCUGGAGGAGGCCGAGAGCCAGGUCAGCCAGCUCUCCAGGGUCAAGCUCUCCCUUACAAAUCAGCUCGAUGACACCAGGAAACUCUCUGAAGAAGAAGGCAGGGCACGUGCCACUCUCCUUGGUAAGUUCCGCAACUUGGAACACGACAUUCAGACUCUUCGCCAACAACUUGAUGAGGAGAAUGAUGCCAAGGGAGAUGUUCUCCGUAUGCUCUCCAAGGCUAAUGCUGAGGCUCUCAUGUGGCACUCUAAGUACGAGUCUGAGGGUGUUGCACGUGUAGAGGAAAUUGAAGCUGCGCGCAUGAAGCUUGCAGCUCGUCUUGAGGAAGCCGAAAUGCAGAUUGAGUCUCUCAAUGUUAAGAACUUGCAUCUGGAAAAGACCAAGAUGCGUGCUGCUGCUGAGCUGGAUGACCUCCAAGUCGCUGCUGAACGUGCACAGACUCUGGCCAACUCCGCUGAGAAGAAACAGAAGAACUUCGAUAAGAUCAUCUCUGAAUGGAAGCUGAAGGUCGACGACCUUGCUGCCGAGUUUGAUGCUUCUCAGAAGGAAUGCCGUAACUACGCCACCGAACACUUCCGUCUUAAGUCUGCCUAUGACGAAAACAUUGAACAACUUGAUUCUAUCCGUCGUGAGAAUAAGAACCUCAAUGAUGAAAUUAGGGAUUUGAUGGACCAGAUCGGUGAGGGUGGCCGAGCAUACCAUGAGGCUCAGAAGAAUGCUAAGCGUCUUGAACUCGAGAAGGAAGAGCUUCAGGCUGCUCUUGAGGAGGCCGAGGCUGCCCUUGAACAAGAAGAGAACAAGGUCCUCCGAACACAGCUUGAGCUCAGCCAGGUCAGACAAGAGAUUGACAGGCGUGUUCAGGAGAAGGAGGAGGAAUUCGACAACACUCGAAAGUGUCACCAGAGAGCUCUUGAUUCCAUGCAAGCUUCUCUUGAAGUUGAAUCUAAGGGUAAGGCCGAGGCUCUUCGCCUGAAGAAGAAGCUUGAGUCCGAUAUUAACGAGCUUGAGAUUGCCCUUGAUCAUGCCAAUAAGGCCAACUCCGAUCUUCAGAAACAUUAUAGGAAGGUUUAUGACGAGAUCAAGGGUAUGGAGGGCCGUGUUAAGGAUGAGCAGCGUCUUGCCUCGGAGUACCGGGAACAGUACGGUAUUGCUGAACGCCGUCACAACGCCCUCUAUGGUGAGCUGCAGGAAUCCCGCACUCUCCUGGAACAAUCCGAUCGCGGCCGUCGCCACGCCGAGACCGAGCUCAAUGAUGCCCGUGAACAGAUUAACAACUUCACCAACACGAACGCUGAUCUCACCGCCUCCAAGAGGAAGCUCGAGGGAGAAAUGCAGACUCUCCAGGCUGACCUUGAGGAGAUGCUUAGCGAGGCCAAGAACUCUGAGGAGAAGGCGAAGAAGGCAAUGCUAGAUGCUGCUCGUCUUGCUGAUGAGCUUCGCUCUGAGCAGGAACACGCUAGCAACCAAGACAAAAUGCGAAAGAGCUUGGAAGUUACCGUCAAGGAUCUCCAGACCCGUCUUGAGGAGAGUGAGGCUGCCUCCCUGAAGACUGGUAAGAAGGCUGUCAGCGAUCUUGAAGCUCGUAUUCGCCAACUCGAGGCUUCCCUGGACGAUGAGACCCGUCGUCACGCUGAUGCCCAGAAGAACCUGAGGAAGUGCGAGAGGCGCAUCAAGGAGCUCGCCUUCCAGACCGAUGAGGACAAGAAGAACCACGACAGGAUGCAGGACCUCGUCGAUAAGCUCCAGCAGAAGAUCAAGACCUACAAGCGCCAGAUCGAGGAGGCUGAGGAAAUCGCCGCCCUCAACCUGGCCAAGUUCCGCAAGACUCAACAGGAGCUCGAGGAAUCUGGAUAGAUAUUACAGUUUCAUGAACCUAAGCAUAUGAAUCAUGUUACUGAAUAAUAAAAAGUAAGAAUUA